GAAUCCUGACGAUGCGACCUGGGAGGAGAUUCCACAGGCUGGUGAGGUACCGUCUGCCAGAGAGGGACACACUCUGUGUGUCGCUAAGGGACGGCUGUAUCUGUUUGGAGGAGCUUCCUGUCCCGACGCCGCUGAAUGUCUGCCGGGGGUCUACAGCUUCGACAUAGUGUCCCUCACCUGGGAGUGGUUAGCAGUUGGGGGCGUGGCCCCCAGGACCCUCAGGCACAGCUCUGUUGCUGUUGGAGACAACAUCUACACAUACGGAGGCGUUUUGAACGGCCAUCCAGCGGACGACCUCAUGCUCUUCAACACAGGUGGGGUCAGAGCUGUGCCCUGGCUGGUGAUCAGGUGUUCAUGUUUGGAGGUUGUGGAGUCGCGGGAGACUUCUGUAAAGACCUGUACGUUCUUUCUACAGAAAACCUGAUGUGGGAAAAACGGGACGUGAAAGGAGAAGCUCCUGCAGCCUGCAGCGGUCAAACCCUAACUGCACAUCAUGACAAGGACAUUUACCUUUUUGGAGGGAAAAGCACAAAGGAGGACGGCACGGUCACAUCAACCAAUGAAAUCCAUAAACUCAGUAUUGCAAAGAUGAAGUGGAAGGUUCCUCUGUACUUCGGGAUUCCUCCGGCCCGUCGACACGGACACUCUGCCUUCAUCCUCCACAGCCAUCUGUAUGUGUUUGGGGGGAAAAACGAAGAGCAGGAUUUUAAUGAUCUAAAGGUGAUGAAGUUGAUCAACCCCUCUGAAAGACAACCAGUGAUGAAGGAGAUUCUGUCGGAGUUUGGUCUCCAGGGCAUCAGUUACAGCUUCACUCCCACUAAAGUUCCUAACGUCCGCUAUGAGCUUGGUGGGGCAGUGAGUCCAGCCGUGCAGUCCAGGAGCCCUGCAGUCAGUGCACAGGUGAGUCUCCACAGAGACUUCAGUGCAGCUCGAGAUCAGGCUGGGAAGAUGAUUCAGACGGCCUUCGCCCUGUUAGACCAGGAGUUCCAGAAACUAGAAAGAGAGAGAUCGGAGCUGUCCACAGCUGCUGCUGCUCUGAGAGACGAGAAGAAAGCUCACGACGUUCGCAGGCAACAACAUCAGCAGGAGCUGCAGGAGAUGGUGGAAAGGCAUCGAUCCCAAAAUGAAGCAUGGCUUCGAGCAAGAGCUGAAGAAAAUGACAGAGAGAGGAGGGAGCUCUGCAGACUCAGGGAGGAGGUGCAGCAGGAGCAGGAGAGGCUGAGGGAGGAGAACAUCAACAUCCAGAAGCGCAGCGAACACCUUCUGUCCAUCAUGCAGCAGUUCAGAGGAAUGUGAAUGAUCUGAUUACAAACCGAUCAACCGAAGAGUUCACUGUUCAAAGGAUUUCUGGGUUUUCCCUGUUUUCAAAAUUGAAGUUAGACAUUUUGUCAGCUCUGUUUCUUUUUUUUAUUUUUAAAAUGCAUUUUCAUUCUUGUGUGGCGAAGCUUUCAAGCUGCUUUAGUGAUCCGACUUUUAAAGCCACAGACUCUUAUUUGGUGACAGCAUUGAUGUUCCCUGAAUCAUUCAGGAGCUUCUCUGAAAAAGACGUCUCUGAACCGCAGCAUCCGUUGCCCCCGACGACCCCAAACCCCCAGUCAUCAAGGACAAACAUGACUUCAAAAUGGUGAUGAAGAAAAUUCCCUUUAUUUCCAUGGGUGGGUGCAUUUCAACACUUUUUGGAUUUAAAUGUAGCUAAAGGUUUACACGUGUCAGAUUUAUUGUACCUUUAGUUCAGUUUUUAGCACAAACACCAACAGCGGUAGAAUGUCGCUGAAGGCUAAACAAAACUGGAAAAAUAAUUUUGUUAAUGAGAAAACCAGAAUCCUUUAUGGUUGGAGCUGACUUAAAAGAGUGAAAUAAACAUACAAAAUCAUCA